AGGCGAUGCUGGGCGCCAUGGGUGGCAUGGGCGGCAUGCCCGCGCUUCCGUCGCAGCCGGCCCCCGACAUGACCGGCUUCCCCGGCAUGGCGCCGCAGGUGGACCCCGCCAUGGCGGCGGCCUACAUGGCCAUGGCUGCGCAGUACCUGCAGCAGGGCCUCACCCAGCCCGCGGCACCGCAGAUGCCCUCGGUGGCGCCGCCGCUGCCCGGGAUGCCCUCCGCCGGGUACGGCGCUGGGUACGGCGCUGGGGGCUCGCCGCCAGAGCCCGCGGUGAACGUCACGGUCGAGGGCAUGAAGUUCCAGUACCAGCUAACGGAGGACGAUUUGCACAAAGUGUUCAGCCGCUACGGCACGGUCAAGGACAUCAAGGUGGACGAGGCCGGCGCCAGCUCCGUGAUCACCUUCCACACCUUUCAGGACGCGCAGGCCGCCAUGACGGACCUGAACGGCAAGGUGUUGAACGGCCUGGAGGGCACGCUCCGCCUCACCUGGGUGAACUCCCAGAGCCUGCCGCCGCCGUACCCGCAGGUGCCGUUCCCCGGCUGGGGCUUCCCUUCCGCCGCCUCGUCCCUGCCAGGGCUGCCGGCUGCGUGGCCACCUUCGUCGUCGAUGGGCGGAGGCGACGCGCCUGGCGGCGGCAUGGACCGGGAGAAGCUCCCCCCCCACAACAAGGGCGUGCGGAAGUACACGUGUCGCUUCAUCAUUGGUAUCGAGAACGACAAGGAGUUUCAGGUGGCUCGAAAGAUCAUCGGCUCCAAAGGCACCCACAUGAAGAAGAUCGUGCGGAACACGGAGGCCAAGCUGCGCCUGCGCGGCCAGGGCUCCGGCUACUUCGAGG